GUUGGGCCGUCUUCGUAAUUAAAAAGAAAAAAAGUUGAACGGGUAAUGUUAGGGUUUCAGUUUCACUUCCUCUUCAAAAAAAAAUCAAAAUUUGAUCAAAAAACCCACCUUUCACUCUUACUCUCACUCCUUUUCUUGCCAAAUUCUCCACUCCGUUUCCCGUAAUCACUCCACAUUUUUACGAAAUUCGGACAAUUUUCACAUUCAAGAUUGUUGUCUACUUUCACUUAAAUAGAGAAUAAACAUGCACUCUCUGGUACAUAAUUAUCCAUAACAUUCUUUUUCGAUCAGUGGGUGUGGGUUGUUAUGGAUGUUCACGUGAUUGAUGAAGAGGAGGGGAUGGGUCAUCGUAUGAUGGUGUACGAUGGAGAUGCUGAACCCAAUGAGGGUGGAGAAGCAAACAAUGCAGAGAAUUCCUCAGCACAUGAUGAGGAUGGGGUAGUUGAGCCACAUGUGGGUAUGGAAUUUCAUUCUGAGGAUGCUGCUAAAACUUUCUAUGAUGAGUAUGCAAAGCGUCUAGGUUUUAGCUCCAAAGUUGUGCAUUUUAAUCGUUCUAAAACUGAUGGAACAGUUGUUUUUCGUGAGUUUGUAUGUGGCAGAGAGGGUUUGAAAAGGAGGUCCGCCGAUAGUUGUAAUGCAAUGCUUAGGAUAGAGUUUAAGGGUCAAAACAAAUGGGUUGUAACCAAGUUUAUAAAAGAGCAUAGUCAUUCUAUGGUGAAUCCCAGUAAAGUUCAUUACCUUCGGCCGCGCAGGCAUUUUGCUGGUGCUACAAAAAGCAUCACUGAAACUUACCAAGGAGUUGGAAUUGUACCCAGUGGUGUGAUGUAUGUAUCCAUGGAUGGAAACCGUGCAUCUGCAGAGGCAAAUCGUGGUCUUAGGAUCUCUCCUGCUGCAGAAUCAAAUCGUUUCAUUAACAAUUCUGCAACAUUGAACUAUGCUGUUAGAUCCAAUUCGCGAAGGAGGACACUGGGAAGGGAUGCACAGAAUCUGUUAGAAUAUUUCAAGAAAAUGCAGGCUGAAAACCCUGGUUUCUUUUAUGCAAUACAACUUGAUGAUGAUAAUUGCAUGGCCAAUGUAUUUUGGGCUGAUGCAAGGUCAAGGACAGCUUACAGCCAUUUUGGGGAUGCAGUUACACUGGACACAAAUUACAGAAUAAAUCAGUAUAAAGUGCCAUUUGCACCAUUUACAGGGGUUAACCAUCAUGGACAAACAAUUUUAUUUGGAUGUGCAAUACUCCUAGACGAUUCGGAGGCUUCUUUUGUUUGGCUAUUUAAGACAUUUCUUACAGCAAUGAACGAUCGACAGCCUGUUUCUAUAAUCACCGAUCAAGACAGGGCCAUACAAACAGCAGUGUCUCAGGUGUUUCCUGAAGCCCGACACUGUAUUAGCAAAUGGCAUGUCUUGAGAGAAGGCCAAGAAAAAUUGGCUCAUGUAUGUCAUGCACAUCCUAAUUUUCAGGUGGAAUUGUACAAUUGUAUCAACUUGACUGAGACUAUUGAGGAGUUCGAAUCAUCUUGGAGUUAUAUCCUUGAUAAAUAUAAUUUAAGGGGGCAUGAUUGGCUUCAAUCAUUAUAUGAUACUCGUGCUCAAUGGGUCCCAGUAUACUUUAGAGACUCCUUUUUUGCUGUGAUAUCUCAAAAUCAAGGUUUUGAUUGUUCUUUUUUUGAUGGCUAUGUGAACCAACAAACUACAUUACCAAUGUUCUUCAGACAGUAUGAAAGAGCUCUAGAGAACUGGUUUGAAAAGCAGCUAGAAGCAGACUUUGAUACAAUUUGCACCACACCAGUAUUAAGGACACCAUCUCCAAUGGAAAAACAAGCAGCAGAUCUUUAUACAAGGAAAAUAUUUGCAAAAUUUCAAGAAGAGCUAGUUGAAACUUUUGUCUAUACUGCUAAUAAGAUUGAGGGUGAUGGACCUAUCAGUACAUUCCGGGUUGCAAAAUUUGAAGAUGACAACAAGGCAUACAUUGUUACAUUAAACUAUCCAGAAAUGAGAGCAAACUGUAGCUGCCAAAUGUUCGAAUAUUCGGGUAUUCUGUGCAGACAUGUUUUGACAGUCUUCACAGUGACAAAUGUGCUUACAUUGCCAUCUCAUUAUAUCUUAAAGAGAUGGACAAGAAAUGCCAAAACUGGCACUGGAAUAGAUGAACGCGGUGGUGAAUUGCAUGGCCAAGAGUCUCUUACAUUGCGUUACAACAGUCUGUGUAGGGAAGCUGUUAAAUAUGCUGAGGAAGGGGCAAUAGCUCUGGACACUUAUAAUGUUGCAAUUGGUGCUCUUAGAGAAGGUGGGAAGAAGAUUGCUGCUCUGAAGAAAAAUGCUGCUAAAAUUCGACCACCUAGCUCAUUGGUUGGUGGGAUUGGUUAUGAUGACAGGAAGACCUCAACAUCAGCAUCGGAUACAAUGCCAUUGCUGUGGCCAAGGCAAGAUGAAGUUACACGUCGAUUUAAUCUCAAUGAUGCUGGUGCUUCGGCUCAAUCUGUUGCUGAUCUGAAUCUUCCCCGCAUGGCUCCUGUCUCCCUUCAAAGGGAUGAUGGUCCUGGAAAUAUGGCAGUUCUUCCUUGUCUUAAAUCAAUGACUUGGGUGAUGGAGAAUAAGAAUUCAACACCAGGAAACAGAGUUGCUGUCAUCAACUUGAAGUUGCAAGAUUAUAGCAAGACUCCUUCGGCAGAAUUAGAGGUUAAGUUUCAACUGUCAAGAGUUACAUUGGAGCCCAUGUUGAGAUCUAUGGCAUAUAUUAGUGAACAGCUAUCUACACCAGCUAACAGGGUUGCUGUCAUUAACUUAAAGCUUCAAGAUACCGAAACAACUUCAGGAGAAUCGGAGGUUAAAUUUCAGGUUUCUCGGGAUACUUUAGGUGCCAUGCUAAGAUCAAUGGCCUACAUUCGUGAGCAGCUUUCAAAUGCUGCUGAGAUGCAACCAGAGCCUCUCUCAAAGAAGCAGCGGAAGUGAAGACAUUGAAUGUGUUGUCCAUUUCAUUCCCUGAUGCAUGACCAAGUUGCAUCCAUGGACUGCAAAGGUGUGUUUGCCAAGUCCUGUCAUCACUCCCGAUGGCUUGGGUCAAACUCCCUCACGCUUCCCUCUCUCUUCCUGAGGCCUUUGUGCUGGGUAGUUUUACUGUUUCGUGCCUCCCAUCUUUUAUCCAGCCCCACCCAUAACCCUGUGUAAGCUUGUUGUGUAACAUAUUUGUACAUGUAAAUUAAAAAAUCAAAAGCAUCAAAGUUUCUUUUUUAAAGUUUUCAUCUAGCUUUCAAUAUAACAUGCUGCAUUAUUUUUGCA